UACUACCACACACACGUUCUGCUUUCCUCUCUCCUUCCUUGCUGACAGCCCCUUUACUCGUCAGCUCUGCACACAAACAAGGUUGUAGCUAAGAAGUGAGCAGGAUGCCCCCAGGCAUUUACUGCCCUGUGGAAUUCUGGUCCAAGGGGGAAAACCAAAACAUCCAGGUGGACUUUCUGCUGCCCACAGGCAUAUACCUAAACCUCUCUGUGUCCUGUAAUGCCAGCUUGGGCACCAUCAAGCAGGUGGUGUGGCAGCAUGCACAGUAUGAGCCGCUAUACCAUAUGCUCAAUGAUCCUGAGGCCUAUGUGUUCACGUGCAUCAACCAGACAGCAGAACAGCAAGAGCUGGAAGAUGAGCAACGGCGACUCUGUGACAUCCAGCCCUUCCUGCCGGUGCUGCGGCUUGUGGCUCGAGAAGGCGACAGGGUCAAGAAGCUCAUUAACUCCCAAAUCAGCCUGCUCAUUGGGAAAGGUUUGCAUGAGUUUGAUUCUGUGCAAGACCCAGAGGUGAACGAUUUCCGCAUCAAAAUGCGCCAGUUCUGUGAGGAGAGAGCAGCAAAGCGGCAGCAGCUCAGUUGGGCAGCUUGGAUGGAGUACAACUUUCCUUUGCAGCUGGAGCCAUUGGCCAAAGGCUUUGGGACAGGCCCCCUACAAACCCCCACCAAGAACAUUUUUGUCAACGUCAAGUUUCAGUCUGGCGGGGAGAGCUUCACUUUCCAGAUCUCCCCAAAGGAGUUCCCCAUCACGCUCAUGAGCUAUGCUAUCAAGAAGCAGGCUACCGUCUUCCGCCACGAGACUCUGGAGAACCCAGAGGAUUAUACCCUGCAAGUGAAUGGAAAAUGUGAAUAUCUCUAUGGAAACUACCCCCUGUACCAGUUCCAGUAUAUCCGCAGCUGCCUGCACCGAGGCCUGACGCCCCACCUCACCAUGGUGCACUCCUCCACUAUCAUUGCGAUGAGAGAUGAGCAAACCAACUGCAUUGCCAACCCCCCAAAGCUGGCUGCCAAGCCUCCCCCACUCCCUAAGAAGAAGCCAAACUAUGGUUCUCUCUGGUCCCUAGAACAAUCCUUCUACAUUGAGCUGGUGCAAGGCAGUAAGGUCAAUGCAGAUGAGAGAAUGAAGCUGGUGGUUCAAGCAGGUCUUUUUCAUGGCAAUGAGAUGCUGUGCAAGAUGGUGUCAAGCUCUGAAGUGAACGUAUGCUCGGAGCCUGUGUGGAAGCAGCGGCUGGAUUUUGAUAUUAACAUCUGUGAUCUUCCCCGCAUGGCGCGGCUCUGCUUUGCCCUCUAUGCUGUCAUCGAGAAGGCAAAGAAGGCACGUUCCACCAAGAAGAAGUCCAAGAAAGCUGACUGCCCAAUUGCCUGGGUGAAUGUCAUGCUUUUUGACUACAAGGACCAGCUGAAAACGGGAGAGUGCUGCUUGCACAUGUGGUCCUCCUUUCCAGAUGAGAAAGGAGAACUUCUGAACCCCAUGGGUACAGUACAGUGCAACCCCAACACAGAGAGUGCAGCAGCCUUGGUCAUCUGCUUCCCCAGCAUUGCUUCACAUCCUGUAUAUUACCCGUCAUUUGAACAGCUGCUGGAGUUGGGGAGAAAUGGAGAACAGCCCCGCACUGCCCUGGAAGACCCUGAGGAGAAACUGCAACUGAAGGAGAUACUGGAACGGAGGAGCUACACUGAGCUCUAUGAGCACGAGAAAGACCUGGUCUGGAAGAUGAGGUAUGAUGUCCGUGACCAAUACCCCCAAGCUUUGGCAAAGCUCCUUAUCAUCACCAAAUGGAACAAGCAUGAAGAUGUUGCCCAGAUGAUUUCCCUGCUUCAGACCUGGCCAGAGCUGCCUGUCCUGAAUGCCUUGGAACUGCUAGAUUUCAGCUUCCCUGACCGUUAUGUUGGCUCCUUUGCUAUCAACUCAUUAAAGAAGCUGACAGAUGGUGAAUUGUUCCAAUACCUGCUACAACUGGUCCAGGUGCUUAAGUAUGAAUCCUACUUAGACUGUGAAUUAACCAAGUUCCUACUGGACAGGGCGUUAGCCAACCGCAAGAUAGGCCACUUCUUAUUCUGGCAUCUAAGGUCAGAAAUGCACGUCCCUGCAGUCGCCUUAAGGUUUGGCCUGAUCCUGGAGGCAUACUGCAGAGGCAGCACCCACCACAUGAAAGUUUUAAUGAAACAGGGAGAAGCACUCAACAAGAUGAAAGCUCUGAAUGACUUUGUCAAAGUGAGUUCUCAGAAGGCCACGAAGCCUCAAACCAAGGAGAUGAUGCAUAUGUGCAUGAAGCAGGAAACUUACCUUGAAGCACUUUCCCACCUCCAGUCCCCACUGAACCCCAACAUUAUCCUUGCUGAAGUUUGGUAAGGAAAAUAGCUGCCUUUCCUCCUCAGUUGUGCCCUAGGCUCUGUCCAGCAGGAGAGUGAGGCUUCUGGUAACCCUGAGGCCCUCUUCCCUCCUGGUAAUCUCCGUCAGGACAUGCUGACGCUGCAGAUGAUACAGCUCAUGGACAUCCUAUGGAAGCAGGAGGGCCUGGACCUGAGGAUGACCCCUUAUGGCUGCCUCUCCACAGGCGACAAGACUGGAUUGAUAGAAGUAGUCAUGCACUCAGAUACCAUUGCCAACAUCCAGCUGAACAAGAGCAACAUGGUGGCCACUGCUGCAUUCAACAAGGACGCGCUGCUGAACUGGCUAAAAUCUAAGAACCCGGGAGAAGCACUAGACCAAGCUAUAGAGGAGUUCACCCUUUCCUGUGCUGGGUACUGCGUGGCAACAUACGUGCUGGGCAUUGGGGACCGGCACAGCGAUAACAUCAUGAUCCGUGAGACUGGCCAGCUCUUCCAUAUUGAUUUUGGUCACUUUUUGGGGAACUUCAAGACCAAAUUUGGUAUUAAUAGAGAACGAGUUCCUUUCAUCUUAACCUAUGACUUUGUGCAUGUCAUCCAGCAAGGGAAAACUAACAACAACGAGAAAUUUGAAAGAUUCAGGGGCUACUGUGAAAAAGCCUACAUGAUUCUGCGGCGUCACGGUCUUCUCUUCCUGCACUUGUUUGCACUGAUGAAAGCUGCCGGCCUGCCAGAACUCAGCUGCUCUAAAGACAUUCAGUAUCUAAAGGAUUCCCUAGCUCUAGCAAAAACAGAUGAGGAGGCACUGAAACAUUUCAGACUAAAAUUUAAUGAGGCCCUUCGAGAGAGCUGGAAAACCAAAGUGAACUGGCUGGCACACAACGUAUCCAAAGAUAACAGGCAGUAGAGCAACCGAGUCAGCCUGUGACCUGCUCCAGGAGAAUGUAAUCCCACUUGCACUGAGCCCAGCGACUGUAGACA